AUGGUCCGUCUGCGGGAGAUCCCAAGGACGGCCACCUUUGCCUGGUCUCCUGGGGCUGCAUCACCAUUGAUUGCUACCGGAACCCGGGCGGGUGCCGUCGACGUUGAUUUCUCAAACAAGACAUGUCUUGAGCUUUGGGAUUUGAGUCUGGAACGUCAAGAUGCCAGUGAAGAGCUACAGCCUGUAGUUAAGAUCGAUACCGACUCUGGAUUCAACGAUCUGGCUUGGGCCGAUUUCGAUGAUACCAAGCGGGGCGUCAUCGCAGGUGGUUUGGAGAAUGGUUCUUUGGAUCUGUGGAACGCCGAUAAGCUGCUUGCUGGAUCUAGCGAUUCAUUGAUCUCGAGAACCACGGAACACUCCGGCGCUAUCAAAGCCCUCCAAUUCAACCCCAAGCACUCCAACCUCCUGGCCACCGGUGGCGCGAAAGGCGAGCUGUUCAUUUCCGAUCUAAACAAUGUCGAGAACCCCUUCCGACUGGGCACAACCACCGCUCGCACAGAUGAUAUUGAAUGCUUGGACUGGAACAAGAAGGUCGCACACAUCCUGGUGACUGGUAGCAGCGCUGGCUUCGUGACCGUCUGGGAUGUCAAGACUAAGAAGGAGAGCCUGACCCUGAACAACAUGGGCCGGAAAGCUGUCAGCGCUGUUGCAUGGGACCCCGCGAAGCCCACCAAGCUGAUCACCGCUACCCCUCUCGAGUCAGACCCUCUCAUCUAUGUCUGGGAUCUGCGAAACUCUCAUGCCCCCGAGCGUACCCUCAAGGGCCAUGAGUCCGGAGUGCUAUCGCUUUCUUGGUGUGACCAGGAUCCGGAUCUUAUGCUCUCGUCUGGUAAGGAUAACCGCAACAUUUGCUGGAACCCCCAGACCGGCGAGGCAUAUGGCGAGUUCCCCGUUGUCACCAACUGGACCUUCCAAACCCGCUGGAACCCGCACAACCCCAACUUCUUCGCCACUGCUUCCUUUGAUGGUAGAAUCUCCAUCCAGACCCUGCAGAACACCAAGGACAACUCUCAAGCCAUCGCCGACCACAACCAGGCCCUGGACGGUGAGGACUUCUUUGCCAAGGCCCAAAUACAGCCUCAAGUUUCCAAGUUCUCUCUUCCCAAGCCUCCUAAGUGGCUUGAGCGUCCCUGUGGUGCCUCGUUCGGCUUUGGCGGCCGCGUUGUCUCCAUUGGUCUUUCUGAGAAGGGAUCUCGCGCAUCCAAGGUUCGAAUCACUCCUUUCGAGGUGGACUCAAGUGUCGGCAAUGCCACUGAGAGCUUUGAGACUGCUUUGAAGGAGGGUGAUCUCCGCAGUCUCUGCGAGACUCGUGCUGCCGGGGCCUCGACCGAAGAGGAGAAGGCCGACUGGAAGGUCUUCCAGGCCUUGCUGUCCGAGAACCCGCGCAAGACCCUCGUGGAGUACCUGGGCUUCCAGGACUCGGCCGACGAAGCUGCUGAUAGCUUGUCCAAGCUUGGCCUGGGCAAGAAGGAGGAUGAAGAGACCAACGGAGUGGCCGAGAAGCCCAAGUCAAGUGCCAAGAAGCACAAGCGUCUGCAAUCAAUGUUUGAUGCUACCCCCGACAGUGACAACUUCUUGACAGAAUUGGCCGCAUCGAAGGGUGCCCAGACCAAUAACCCAUUCCAGAUUUUCAAUGGCUCCGAAAGCCCGGCAGAGCAGAAGAUUACCCGUGCCUUGCUCCUUGGCGAGUUUGAAAAGGCUCUUGAUGUGGCCCUUGCUGAGGACCGUAUGUCUGAUGCCUUCAUGAUUGCCAUCUGCGGUGGCCAGAAGUGUAUAGAAAAGGCGCAGGAGUACUACUUCUCCAAGCAAACCGGUGGCCCCAACUACAUGCGCCUGCUCGCUUCUAUCGUUGGCAAGAACCUCUGGGACGUCGUUCACAACGCCGACCUGUCCAACUGGAAGGAGGUGAUGGCUGCCCUUUGCACCUUUGCUGAUGAGAAGGAAUUCCCUGACCUCUGUGAUGCGCUCGGUGACCGCCUUGAGGAGCAGGUUCGCGAUUCUGGUGAUAAGACUGCCCGCAAGGAUGCCUCGUUCUGCUUCCUCGCUGGUUCCAAGCUCGAGAAGGCUGUGUCCAUUUGGGUUGAGGAACUCCGUGAGAAUGAGCAACGAGGAAUUGAGAGUGACACGGAUAACUCUACCUUCUCUAUCCACGUUCGUGCUCUGCAGGGUCUGAUCGAGAAGGUGACCAUCUUCCGCCAGGUCACCAAUUUCCAGGACGAGGAAAAGAACAAGGACUCCGACUGGCGUCUCAGCACCUUGUACGAGAAGUAUAUUGAGUAUGCCGACGUCGUUGCUACCCAUGGACGGCUGCAAGUCGCUCAGAAGUACCUCGACCUUGUGCCUGCGAAGCACCCCGAGGCCGAGGUGGCUCGCAACCGUAUCAAUCUCGCGAUGAGACAGGCCCCGCAGAAAGCGCAGGCCGCUUCCACUGCGAAGAGCUUCAAGCCUCUCCCUCAGCAGCCCAACAUCUACCAGCCCCAGCAGACCUUCUCACCAGUGGCCCCCGCCAUCGGUGCGCAGACCUCUUAUGCGCCACCCACCGCUGCUGUUCCUCCUGCGCAGCCGCCAGCGAACGCAUUUGCGCCCCCGACUGCCUCACAAUCCCAGCCUGCCAACCCAUACGCCUCAAUCGGUGGUGCUGCCCGCAGCGGCUACACACCAGCUGGUUACCAGCCAACCCAGGGUAUGCAGGCACCUGCCUACGGUCCUCAGUCUACGUUCGGUAACCAAUCUGCUGGUACCGGUGUCGUUCCGCCUCCUCCGCGCGCUGGUACCCAGUCGCCAGGUAACACCAUCACCACAUAUACCACCGCUACUGGCCUCGAUGCGUGGAAUGAUCUGCCCGAGGGCUUCGCUAAGAAGGCUCCCACCCCCCGUCGUGGUACACCUGUUGCUGCCGCUACUAUCAGCUCUCCGUUCCCUGGCCAGUCUCCUCCUCUUGCUCAAGGUCCACCUCCCCCUGGACCGCCUCAGCGUGCGCCCUCUGUUCCUCCUCCACCCAAGGCCGGUGCUCCUCCUCGCGUGACGUCGCCUCUUGCAUCAAGCAUGGCCGGACCAUCGCCGCCCCCUCCAGUCAACCCUUAUGCUUCCCUGCCCCAGUCUCCUCCCACAUCGACCAUGUCCCCGCCUGCUUCGAUCCACCGUGGGCCAUCGCCAUACAAUGCCCCGCCUAGUGUGCCGCCGCCAACAAACCGGUAUGCCCCUAACCCGGCUGCCCAGGCCCCUGGACCCCAAUUGCAGGCUCGCCCACCGGUUGCACCUCCCCCACAGGGCGGCCCCUCGCCCUAUGCUCCCCAGGCGGCAGCACCCCCUCCGGUAGCCAGCCCGUACGCCCCUAGCGGGCCUGCCGUUGCUCAACCUCCCCCCAUGGGCUCAGCUGUGCCUCCUCCUCCCCAGAGAUCAAGACCCGGCACUGCCCAGUCUCAAAGAGCAGCAGCACCCCCUCCCCCAGCGACACCCAAGUACCCCCCUGGUGACCGCUCCCACAUCCCGCCCAACGCAAUGCCCGUCUAUGAGAUCCUCUCGUCAGACAUGCAGCGCGUCAAGGCCCGUGCCCCCACGUCUUUCAAGGCCCAGGUUGAUGACGCCGAGCGCCGCUUGAACAUCCUCUUUGAUCAUCUGAACAAUGAGGACCUGAUCAAGCCCAACACCGUCGAGGAUCUUGCCAACCUCGCGCGUGCUAUCCAGUCCAAGGACUACGAGACUGCUCGUGUGAUCCAUCUCGACAUCAUGACCAACCGAACGGAAGAGUGUGGAAACUGGAUGGUCGGUGUCAAGCGUCUCAUCAGCAUGAGCAAGGCUACGCCAUGA